UCUAACACAGAGUUGCAAGUACUUAAGGAGUGCGCCAGCUCUCAUUGCCUCAAGUUCAGCCCGCUCGUCGACGCUUUGUGACUACGCCUCCAAUUUUCAGUUCUUGAAUCUCAAGGAAACAUCAAGCUCUUCAAGAUGAAGCUGUGGUUUGUUGCUGCCAUACUUAUCUCCGUUGCGUUUCCAUCCGUUUUGGGUCUGAAGUGCAUGGUCUGCAGCAGUGUUGAGUCAUGGGACAAAUGCGAGGGAAAAAGUGUGACCUGCGGGGCUUCGGUGGCCGAUCGAUGUGUGAAACUCUACUAUAAAGUCGGCUCAGUUGAAACGUUCGCUAAAGGGUGCGGAUCCGAGGAUUACUGUGAUCAAAAAACCAACCCUACUUGUAAAGAUGCCUCUGAAUGUAAAAUCAACUGCUGCACAGGCGACGACUGCAAUGCUGGCGCAGCAACCCGCAUCAGCGGUAUUCUCUUGUUGUCAUGCGCCUUGGCCUCUCUGAUGAUGUUUUUCAAAGCCUGAGACUUGACUGAGUUCGAGGCUGAGGUCCAGCACGGCUCAUGAUCAAGGCCUCAACUUACGUUACACGCUUUUUUGAAGUAUGUCAGUUGUGAAUUAGAAUAGAACGUCUUGCUUAA